UAACUUAUGCUUGGAGAAACAAUAAAGAAUCCUGCAAAAGGAAACUUGCGUCUGCACUUUGCACCCCUCAUAUAGGAUCCAAAAGUGGCAACUCUUUUUGCUAUAGGAGGAGUCUUCAAUCUUCAUCUACAUCAGUUCUAGCUAUACCGUUCCUUCUGCUACUACUCAACUGCAAAGGAUGGUGCUGCCCAAGUUCUCUCUGUGCUUCUGGCUUCUCCUUUCUUCACUUGUGAUUCUCUUAAUAAAUUGUCCAGUUAAAUGUGACGAUGAUGAGGAAGACAAUCUCUAUCAAGGUAUCAACAAGUAUCGAGCAUCGUUAAACUUGAAAGCUCUAACAAGGAAUGAUAAUGCAAAUUGCCUUGCCGAAAAACUAGCUAACCAAUUCAAGAAACAACCCUGCACAAAUACCACAGGUGCUAACACUGUACCUGGCACAGAACCUCAGUUUUCCAACUAUCCAGACCUUUUAUCCAAGUGUGACUUGGCUAUUUCCAACACAAGGGAUGGAAAUGUAAUGCCUGCCUGUGUUCCUGGCCUGGUUCCAAGUCUUGUCCUUGCUAAUUUCACCAAAUCUCUCUACUCUGAUAGUCUCAACGACACAAAGUAUACAGGAAUUGGUAUUGGUUCAGAAGAUAACUGGAUUGUUGUGGUCUUGACCACUAACACUCCUUCAGGAACCUUUGCUCCCUAUAGUUCUAAUGGUGUCAAUUUGAUUUCUAAAUCUGGAUUGAUUUACUGCUCAGUGCUCUUCUUAGUUGGUUACAUUUUGCUGUUAUGAAACAAGGAGGUUGGCUGUUGGAAUGUUUCAUGGUUACAAUUUUGUUACCAAUCAAAUGUAUUGCUUGUUUCAGGGUGAGCUUAACGAAGACAUCUGCUUUUCUAGUAGGAAAUUGGGAGGUCCUUUUGUAACUGUUGUUUUGGUAUUGUAAUUCUAUAGAAAGCAAGAGACAAAUGGAAGAAAGAAAGCAUUAUUCCUAAAGGAUUGUUAUCUUAUUGUUGUCAUUAUUAUCAAUAAUAUCAUUUUUGAGCUUGGAAA